AUGAAUUCAGAUCCACCAGUGGCUAAAGGAUAUUAUGGUAGUUCUUACAUAGACGUCUACAAGCUCGAUGAAUCAUCAAUCUUUAACAUUGUUAAGCUUGUGAAGGGAGCCAAGAAAUCAUCUUACGACAAGAAGUAUGUCAAGGAAGAGCAAAGAAACAUAGAGAGAUUGAUAAAGAAAGAUGCAAAGUUUGAAAGGAUAAGAAAUAGUUUACUGUUCUUGACUGAUAUGAGGAAUAUCGGGUACUUUGAAUGGUUAGAUUUUGGUUGGAAAGAGCCUGUACAUGUGCGGCCAUUGACGCCUCCUGAGAGCGCAAAGAACAUGGGGAUGAUCUUGAGACCUUCAAAGGUGGAUCCAUCAAUGGAAGGUGGAGUUAAAGUAAUCAUCACAUUGCCUAGAGAUGCAAUGGUCAAAUCAAGCAAGAAAUAUAUAAAUGCGUUAGUGAUAUAA